AUGGCUGCCGUCCAGCAACUACGCGCGUCGCCAACGCCGGCGCAUUCGGGAAGGGUUAAUGGCGGUCUGCAUGACGUUGCAAUUGAUAUGGAUGUGGACAUGACCGCACCCUCAUUACCCGCAACGAAUGGAACCAGGUUUGGGAGUGGUCCUCAGAGAGGCGAUACGAGGACUGUGGUCAUCGUUCACGGCCCAGGCCAGGACAGCAUCGUUUCAGUCUUUGCCGAGAUUCUCGGGCAACCUUUUUGCUCUCGAGAUAGCUUUGGCGAAAUCACGUCUGCUGACCAGGGGCUGGUCGUCGGCAUUGCUUCAGACAAGGCAAAGACCGACGUGGUCUCACGAGACAAGAUGGCUGUGGUAGCUAUCCACGCGCACUGCGUGAACUUGGGGAUGCCGCCAGACCUCUAUCUUUCGGCAGAGUGUGACUACGAAUUUUUGUACACCAGUGCCCCGUUCUUCAGGAGGGACUUGUCCAGGUUUAUUUCUUUUACGCUGGGUCAAAUCAAUCAUCACGAGACGCUGAUGACGAAACCGAGGACAUACUUCAUCUCAACCACCUUUCCAGAUGUCAGGGCGGCGUUGCCCAACAUCGACAUCCUGACCGUUGGCUCGGAUGCGGUUGAGAUUCGUGUGGAUUUUCUGAAAGAGCCUCUAGGUGACGGCGCCUAUUCUCAAAUACCCAGUCUGAGCUACGUCGGCGAGCAGGUCAUGCUCCUACGGCAGAGGACAGAACUGCCCAUAAUAUUCACAACCAGGUGCACGCGCGAGAACGGUCGGUUUCCCAUGCAAGAUCCCGAUCUCUAUUACGAGUACCUCUACAGGGCAAUUCAAUGGGGCGUGGAGUAUAUCGACGUUGAGCUAUGGCUGCCCGAGAAGAUCAGGAGAAGGCUAUGGCAACAACGAGGAAACAGCCGGAUCAUGUCUGCCUUUCACGAUUUUUCAGGCACGUUCAAGUGGCCUUCAUCCAAAGCCGAGGCUAUCUUCAGGCAGUCUCAACAAUAUGCGGACAUCAUCAAGAUGAUUGCCCUGACAAACGAUCACAACGAGAACUUUGAACUCGAGUACUUCCGGUCAAAGAUGAGGACCGAAUACCCCGACGCACCACCAUUCUCUGCCGUGAACAUGGGUCCAACAGGUCAAUUCUCAAGAACGCUGAACAAGGUCUUCACCCCUAUCACUCACCCCUUGCUUCCCGAGAUUGCCGCACCCGGUCAGAUGAGCGCAGCGGAAAUCAACGCUGCGCUAUCGCUUCUGGGACAACUGCCUAAGAAGAGCAUAUACGGCAUCAGCAGUCCUGCUUCACGAAGCGCCACCCCUACGGCGCCCUUCUAUGAGAAGUGCUUCAACGAACUAGGCUUACCUCACCACUUUGCAGUCGUUGAGCGACAGCCCAAGGGCUCGGCGUGCAUGGAGGCGUGGUGCAACCAAAGGAACUUUGGCGGCGCCUACCUCACCCCGCCCGUCUCCCAUGCCAGCAUCACCGGCAACAACAGCAGUGUCUUCUUCAAGGCCCUCAACGGCGGAGCUGGCCCCAUCCUAAGUGAAGCCGCCCGUGUGAUAGGCAUGGUGGACACCAUCAUCGUCCAGCCUAGCAACUCGACCCCGAGCUCCGCGCCGGCGUCCAUCCCCUCAAGCCCGCACCACAACCAGAGCGAGCCCCACGCACCCGUCUAUAUCUCCGGGCUACCGCCAAGCACGACACUCGUCUUUGACAAUGCCUCCUGGCGAGGCAUCCUGAGCACGCUCACGCGCGACUUUGCCCCCUCGGCGUACUUUGGCCGCUCCGCCAUCGUCCUGGCCUCGACCUCGGACGACGCGGCCAGCGCCAUAUUCGCGCUCAAGGCGCUCCAGAUCGGCAAGGUGUACACGGUGGGCUUCAAGACCCCCGCCGCGCUGGCCCGAGGCCUGACGAUCGAGCCGUUCAACUCGCUCGAGAGCCUGCAGCGGGCGCGGAUGGACGGGGGCGGCGCCACGGACAACAACAGCAGCGGCGCGCCGUUUGUCAUUGUGAGCGCGCUGGCGCCGGAGAAGAGCAACCUCGUCGGCAUGCUCGUGCGCGUCUUUGGCUCCCAACAGCAGCAGCAGCAGCAACAGCAGCAGGUGCCUGGCAGCAGCGCCGCAGCACGACGCGUCUUUCUCGACCUCGCCGACGGAUCCGUGUUGCGGAAAGCCGACCCGUGCGCCGUCGCCGAGCAGAACGGCUUCGCGGCCUAUGGGUUCGCCGACACGGCGGCCUUCACGACCGUCGAGACUCUGCGGCUGCUGGUCGGGCAGAACGUGCCGUACAGCUUUGUCAGGCUUGCCAGUGGGCGAGGGAUCUUUGUGUGA